AUGUCUGACGACGAUGAUUUCAUGCAAGACUCUGAUGAGGAAUAUGACUUUGAGUACGAGGACGCCGAUGAGGAUGAGUCGGGGGAUAUUGGCAUCGAAAACAAAUACUACAACGCCAAGCAGAUGAAGGUGGAUAACCCGGACGAGGCAGUCGACGAGUUCCUCGGCAUCCCUCCCCUGGAACAAGACAAGAGCGAAUGGGGGUUUAAAGGGUUAAAACAAGCGAUCAAGCUGGAAUUUAAGCUCGGGCGAUAUGGCGAUGCUGUCGAACACUACCGCGAACUCCUCACAUAUGUCAAAUCUGCCGUCACGCGCAACUAUUCCGAAAAGUCCAUCAACAAUAUGCUCGACUACAUCGAGAAAGGGUCCGACGAUGCAGAGGCAUUUCAGUGCAUGGAGCAAUUCUACUCCCUCACCCUCGCCUCGUUCCAGAACACAAACAACGAGCGGCUAUGGCUGAAGACCAAUAUCAAACUGUCUCGCCUGUGGCUGGAGCGCAAGGAAUACAGCCAGCUGAGCAAAAAAGUGCGCGAGUUGCACCGGGCGUGCCAGCGGGAGGACGGGUCGGACGAUCUCAGCAAAGGCACCUAUCUCCUGGAGCUCUAUGCGCUGGAAAUCCAGAUGUACGCCGAGACUAAAAACAACAAGCGCCUCAAGGCAUUGUACCAACGAGCGCUACGGGUGCGGUCAGCGGUGCCACACCCCAAGAUUAUGGGUAUCAUCCGGGAGUGCGGGGGGAAGAUGCAUAUGAGCGAAGAGAACUGGGAGGAGGCCCAGAGUGACUUUUUCGAGUCCUUCCGAAACUACGACGAGGCCGGGUCCAUGCAACGCAUCCAGGUCCUCAAAUAUUUGGUAUUGACGACCAUGCUCAUGAAGUCGGAUAUCAAUCCCUUCGACUCGCAAGAGACCAAGCCCUACAAGAACGACCCGCGCAUCUCGGCCAUGACCGAUCUGGUGGACGCCUUCCAGCGGGAUGAUAUCCACGCCUACGAGGCUGUGCUGAGCAAGCACCCCGACGUGCUGGCCGACCCCUUUAUUGCCGAGAACAUUGACGAGGUCAGCCGCAACAUGCGCACGAAAGCCGUGCUCAAACUGAUCGCGCCCUACACCCGCUUCUCGCUGCACUUCAUCUCCAAACACAUCAAAAUCUCCGUGCCGGAAGUGUUGGACAUUCUCAGCUUCCUGAUUCUCGACAAGAAGCUCAAUGCCAAGAUCGACCAGGAGAAGGGCACCGUCGUGGUCGAGAGUGCCAGCGACGUGGAGCGGCUCCGCGCGCUGGAGGAGUGGUCGUCCUCGCUGCGCGGGCUGUGGCAGACGGCACUCGAUGGCGAGGGAUUCCGGGCGGACGAAGCGUCUCAUGGGGCCAUGUUUCAGGCCGGCCUCGGCGACGAAUCCCCGAUGGGCACGCGAACGCUUAACCCGCGGGCACGCAGGGAAUACAGAGGCAAGCCCGGGAAGAUGGCCGGGAUGAUAUGA